CUAGCCUACCGGCCAACUUGGUGGUGGCCCGCUCGCUCGACCUCACCUCACACGCGGCGGCGGCGGGAAGGGGAAAGGAGGGGCGAGAACGUGGAAGAAGAGAGCGGCGGCGGGCUGACGAUGACUGACGGGGAACCAAGGGUUUGUUCCAGUCGUACCUUUUGGCUCUCGGGGACUCGUCCGGAGGGAGGCAAUGGGGACGCGAAGAGGGCUCCGCCAGAAGAGCCCUGAUGCUGAUGCUGAUGCUGAUGCUGCUGAUGCUUGGCAAAAAUGGUUACGUAUGGCCGAGGAGCGAUGCGCCUUUGUCAUUGAUGUUGGGUGCGUGUGCGUGCAUCAACAAGUCUCAUCAUCAAGGGAGGCGUCUCGCUUUGUACAAGUGCAGGUACGUACGAGAGGACUCGCGCAGGGCAGGCCACGAGAUCGAAGAUUAUGCAGAUUUACCAGGGGGUGUGGUUGUGUUCCGCAAAUGACUUUGCCCUCGAGGGGCACCUCUCCGAGUCGAUAAACAUCCUCGGCGCAUGCACCGUCGACGCCGCCUCCGCCACCGCCUCCUCCUCCUCCGACAACGACAACUUCGCUUCACAUGAGAACCCUUUGAUACCCAAUAUAAUACACCAAGUAUGGAGGACCGCCGACGUCAGCACAUACUCUACCGUCGUGGAAGCAUCCCGCGACAAAUGGGUGGCCAUGUUCGAGCCCCUCAACUACACCGUCAAGCUAUGGACCGAUGACGACGUCGCCGCGCUGGUCAAGACCAGGUACGCCUGGCUGCAGUCGACCUUUGAGGGCUACCCGCACAACAUCCAGCGCGCCGACAUCGCGCGACUGCUCGUCGUCCACGCAGAGGGCGGCAUCUACGCCGACCUCGACGUCUACCCGCAGUCGAGCGAGCAGAUAUCAUGCCUGCAGCGGCGCGGGCUCCAGGCCGUCUUCGCCCCGACUGGCGGCACGGCCGGCCUCAGCAACCACUUCUUCAUGGCCGAGCGCGGGUCCGCCUUCCUCCAGUGGGCGCUCUACGAGGCCAAGCGACGCGGGGGGGCGUCCUCGCGCCGCAUCCUGCUGCCGUACCUCCGCGUCUUCUGGUCCACGGGCCCGCUGAUGCUGACGGCAGCCUUUCGCAAGUACGCCUGGCUGUACGGCACGCUGCGCCAUGACCUGGGCUUGCUGGACGAGAGGUACGCCCGCGUCGCGGUGCAUCACGCGGCGGGCCGCUCGUGGCACGGGUCGGACGGCCUCGCGCUGAAUUACAUUGCGGAUCAUUUCCGCCUGGACGCGCUCGUCAUGGGCGUUGCGUUUGUGGCUUCGCUGCUGGGCUUGGUGUAUGUGGUCAGGAGGCGUUAUGUCGGGGGUACGGCGCUGGACUGUAACCUGUCUAGAUUGUUUUAUUAG